GACUACCACUUUGAAUACACGGAGUGUGACAGCAGCGGCUCCAGGUGGAGAGUGGCCAUCCCGAACUCCGCAGCCGACUGCUCGGGCCUGCCUGACCCCGUGAGAGGCAAAGAAUGCACUUUCUCCUGUGCUUCGGGAGAGUAUCUAGAAAUGAAGAACCAGGUAUGCAGUAAGUGUGGUGAAGGUACCUAUUCCUUGGGCAGCGGCAUCAAGUUUGAUGAAUGGGAUGAAUUGCCAGCUGGAUUCUCCAACGUUGCGACGUUCAUGGACACUGUGGUUGGCCCUUCUGACAGCAGGCCGGAUGGCUGUAACAACUCUUCUUGGGUCCCUCGUGGAAAUUACAUAGAGUCCAAUCGUGAUGACUGCACGGUAUCUUUGAUCUAUGCUGUGCACCUCAAGAAGUCGGGUUAUGUCUUCUUUGAGUACCAGUAUGUCGACAACAACAUCUUCUUUGAAUUCUUUAUUCAAAACGAUCAGUGCCAGGAGAUGGACACCACUGCAGACAAGUGGGUAAAACUCACAGACAAUGGAGAAUGGGGCUCUCAUUCUGUAAUGUUGAAAUCAGGCACCAACAUACUUUACUGGAGAACCACUGGCAUCCUUAUGGGUUCUAAGGCAGUCAAGCCGGUUUUGGUAAAAAAUAUCACAAUUGAAGGGGUGGCAUACACGUCAGAAUGCUUCCCAUGCAAGCCGGGCACAUUUAGCAACAAACCAGGUUCGUUCAACUGCCAAGUCUGUCCCAGAAACACCUACUCUGAGAAAGGAGCCAAAGAAUGCAUAAAGUGUGACGAGCACUCCCAGUUUUCGGAGGAAGGAUCCAGCCAGUGUGUGGAGCGACCUCCCUGCACCACAAAAGACUAUUUCCAGAUCCAUACUCCGUGUGAUGAGGAAGGAAAGACGCAAAUUAUGUACAAGUGGAUAGAGCCCAAAAUCUGCCGGGAGGAUCUCACAGAUGCUAUUAGGUUGCCCCCUUCUGGAGAGAAGAAGGACUGUCCCCCUUGCAACCCUGGAUUUUAUAACAAUGGAUCAUCAUCUUGCCAUCCCUGCCCUCCUGGAACAUUUUCGGAUGGAACAAAGGAAUGUAGGCCGUGUCCAGCAGGAAUGGAGCCUGCGCUUGGGUUUGAAUAUAAAUGGUGGAAUGUCCUUCCUGGCAACAUGAAAACUUCCUGCUUUAAUGUUGGGAAUUCAAAGUGCGAUGGAAUGAAUGGUUGGGAGGUGGCUGGAGAUCAUAUCCAGAGUGGAGCUGGAGGUUCAGAUAAUGAUUACCUGAUCUUAAACUUGCAUAUCCCAGGAUUUAAGCCACCAACGUCUAUGACUGGAGCCAUGGGUUCUGAACUGGGAAGAAUAACAUUUGUCUUUGAGACCCUCUGUUCAGCUGACUGUGUUCUAUACUUCAUGGUGGAUAUUAAUAGAAAAAGUACCAAUGUGGUGGAAUCAUGGGGUGGAACCAAAGAAAAGCAAGCUUAUACCCACAUCAUAUUCAAGAAUGCAACAUUUACAUUUACAUGGGCAUUCCAGAGAACCAAUCAAGGUCAAGAUAAUAGACGGUUCAUCAAUGACAUGGUGAAGAUUUAUUCUAUCACUGCCACUAACGCAGUUGAUGGGGUGGCGUCCUCAUGCCGUGCCUGUGCCCUCGGUUCUGAACAGUCGGGCUCAUCGUGUGUCCCCUGCCCCCCAGGCCACUACAUUGAGAAAGAAACCAACCAGUGCAAGGAGUGUCCACCUGACACCUACCUGUCCAUACAUCAGGUCUAUGGCAAGGAGGCUUGUAUCCCAUGUGGGCCUGGGAGUAGAAGCACUCAGGACCACUCAGUUUGCUAUAGUGACUGCUUUUUCCACCACGAUAAAGAAAAUCAGAGUUUGCACUAUGACUUCAGCAACCUCAGCAGCGUGGGCUCAUUGAUGAAUGGACCCAGCUUUACCUCCAAAGGAACCAAAUAUUUCCACUUCUUCAAUAUUAGUUUAUGUGGGCAUGAGGGGAAGAAGAUGGCUCUCUGUACCAACAAUAUAACAGACUUCACAGUAAAGGAAAUAGUGGCGGGGUCCGAUGAUUAUACAAAUUUGGUAGGAGCCUAUGUAUGCCAGUCAACUAUUAUUCCUUCUGAAAGUAAGGGUUUCCGAGCAGCCUUAUCAUCACAGUCCAUCAUUCUGGCAGAUACAUUUCUAGGAGUGACCAUUGAAACGACAUUGCAAAAUAUUAAUAUAAAAGAAGAAAUGUUCCCAGUUCCCUUUAGCCAAAUACCAGAUGUGCAUUUCUUUUAUAAGUCUUCUACGACUACGACAUCUUGUGUCAAUGGCCGGUCAACUGCUGUGAAAAUGAGGUGCAAUCCUACUAAACCAGGAGCAGGAGUGAUUUCAGUCCCCAGCAAGUGCCCAGCAGGCACCUGUGAUGGAUGCUCAUUCUAUUUUCUGUGGGAGAGUGCUGAAGCUUGCCCUCUGUGCACAGAGCAUGACUUCCAUGAGAUUGAGGGAGCCUGUAAGAGAGGAGUUCAGGAAACCUUGUAUGUAUGGAAUGAACCUAAAUGGUGCAUUAAAGGAGUUUCUUUGCCUGAGAAAAAGUUGUCAACCUGCGAAACAGUUGACUUCUGGCUGAAAGUGGGAGCAGGUGUGGGAGCAUUCACCGCGGUUUUGCUGGUGGCUCUAACUUGCUACUUCUGGAAAAAGAAUCAGAAACUGGAGUACAAAUAUUCCAAAUUGGUGAUGACAACUAACUCAAAAGAAUGUGAACUCCCAGCGGCAGACAGUUGUGCUAUUAUGGAAGGAGAAGACAAUGAGGAAGAAGUUGUCUAUUCCAAUAAACAGUCACUACUGGGAAAACUUAAAUCCUUGGCAACAAAGGAAAAAGAAGACCAUUUCGAAUCUGUUCAGCUGAAAUCCUCAAGAUCUCCAAAUAUAUGAAAAGACAGUGCUGUAGCCUUCAGACUAAAGAACACAGAAACCUGAUCUCUAGUUCUACAGGACUGUAGCUUAGAUCCUGUCUUCGUAUCCAGCACGUUGGUGAUCUCACAGAGGGCCAUGCCGCUGAAAAGGGAAGGAGGUUGAAACGUUUGAUUGCCUUAUCACAUGGUCAAGUAUUUUGCCAAAAAUACAAAAGCAAAUGGCUUGGGUCUCAACAGAAGAUGAAACUCAACUCAGGAAGAGAUUAAUCUGUAAAUAGACAUAACUGAAAAUCGAGGUUAAGCCCACCAGCGCACUGCUGAUGCAUGCCAUAUAAUUAAUGGGUAACUUUUAUUCUUUAUAACUUCUACAUAAAAAGUGUGCUUUGGAGGGCAGAUAUGAG